AUGGGUUGUUGUUGCUGUGGAAAAGGCGGUUUGUUAAUCUUGGUGCUUUUGGCAGCUGUUGGAGUCUAUCUAUGGACACAGCCAAAACAAAAGAUUGAAAUUUCCGAAAAUGGAUGGUAUGGAAAGGGAAAAAUGGGGAAAGACGAUGAAACGAUAAAAGCAUUCAAAAUAAAUGUGCCUGAAGAAGUUUUAACGGACCUCAAAACUCGUCUCUCACAAGCUCGGAUCUCCCAUGAGACGCUCGAAGAUUCCGACAAUUUCCAAUACGGUUUUAACUCUCAUUAUCUCAAGGAAGUGAAAGACUAUUGGCAAAAUAAAUACGAUUGGAGAAAACAUGAGGCAACGCUGAAUGCAUUCACUCAAUUCACAACGCAAAUCGAGGGGAUGAAGAUUCAUUUCAUUCACUCGAAACCAGCGGCUGGUUACAAGAAAAUCUAUCCAUUGUUGAUCGUUCACGGAUGGCCGGGAAAUGUUCAAGAGUUCGUUAAAAUCAUCCCGAUGCUCAACGAUCCAAAGAAAUUCGGUUUCGAUUACGAUUUCGCUUUUGAGGUGAUCGCCCCAUCGAUUCCCGGAUACGGAUUCUCGGAUAGUCCGAAGAAAACGGGUUUCUCUCAAGUCGAGUGUGCUCGAGUCUUUCACAAGCUGAUGAAUCGAUUGAAUUUCAAGAAAUAUUAUAUUCAAGGUGGUGAUUGGGGCUCGAUGAUCACGUCAAACAUGGCUCGGAUGUACAAAAAUGAAAUUCUUGCACUCCACUUGAAUAUGAACGGCGCUUUCCCGAGCGGAAUCGGUCUCGUCAAGGCGAUUCUCGGCUCGUUUGCGCCAAAAUUGUUUUUCUCCUCUCCAAACUAUCAAAACUUCAACUUACUUGAUCUAUUUAAAAUGGUGAUGGUCGAGAGUGGUUAUAUGCAUAUUCAAGCAACAAAACCGGAUACUGUUGGCACGGCUCUCAACGAUUCCCCACUCGGCUUGGUCGCGUACAUUUUGGAGAAGUUCUCGUCGUGGACGAAUUUAGGCUAUAAAGAUUUGAAAGAUGGCGGAAUCACGAAGAAAUUCACUCUUGACGAGGUGCUAACGAUUGUGACAAUCUAUUGGGUACAAGGGAAUAUCGUGAAUUCACAGCGUUUCUACAAGGAAUUCUUCUUGGAUACGAGGAACGAUUUGUUGUCAAAAGAAUACUGUGAAGUCCCGACUGCACACAGCAAUUUCGGGCAUGAACCAUUCGACAAGAGUCCCGAAGAGAUCAUGAAGCACUCGUUCAACCUCCAAUACCGGCGUGAGCAUCCCGAUGGAGGGCAUUUUGCCGCUUACGAGCUUCCAAAGACUCUGGCCGGUGACAUCUUUGAGUUCAUUCGACAACAAACCACCCCGAAACCGAAGAAAACUGACGAGUUG